UCGACCGAUCCAUCCAUCCACACCCUCCGUCCCUCUCCCACCCCACACCACUCCUCUCCUCGGGCAGCCCAGUCGUCGUCGUCGCGACCGAGGACCAGAGACGCGGGCGGGGAGCUCGAGGCGGAGGGACACCAUCAGCAUCAUCGGCAUCGGCGCCGGGUCAGGGGCCAGCAGCGAUGGGCUUCGUCUCCUUCGUCGGGAGGGUGCUGUUCGCGUCCGUCUUCCUCCUCUCCGCCUACCAAGAGUUCAGUGAAUUUGGGACCGAUGGAGGCCCAGCAGCAAAGUCUCUGAAGCCAAAGUUCAACCUCUUUGUGAAGCAGGCGUCUGCCAGCGUUGGGAUGGCUGUGCCACACAUUGAUAUCAAGACUGUCAUCGCUUUGACAAUGUUUUUUAAAGCAUUUGGUGGUCUCCUUUUCCUCAUCAGUAGCUCCCUUGGAGCGGUCGUACUGCUUGUUUACUUGGCAUUCAUAACACCUGUCGUGUACGACUUCUACAACUACGAGGUCGAGUCACAGCAAUUCGUUAAGCUCUUCACCAUGUUUUCACAGAACCUCGCUCUCUUCGGCGCGCUGCUCUUCUUCCUGGGAAUGAAGAACUCCAUCCCAAGGAGGCACUCCAAGAGAAGGGCCGCAAAGGCCAAGACAACCUGAAGCCAGGCAAGGGAUCGUGGUAGGAGGGAGGGGAAACUAUCAGUAUGGAAACUCGUCGUGUUUUACGUAUACUUUUGGAGCAGUACAUGUCCCGCUUUUUGCCCAUAGAAUCUGUGAGCUGGGGGCCUGCAGGAUUCGAUAUGUAGGAGUUUUAAGCCGUCUUGCUCAGUUCUGUUUUUCGGUUUUAUCGCGGUGGGUUCUAUGCCUUGGUUCUGUAGUCCUGUGUUUUGCUACAGAAAACUGCUUGUCUCCAUUCAGUAUCAGAGCAUACAUUCUUGACUGC